AUGGAUCUCCGUGAUAUUAUAGCCACUCGUGGCUUCGCAACCUACAGCUUGCGUCAUCCUCGCGAGGCAUUGUCGAGCUUUGGCCCGACCCUGAAUGAGGCCACCUUCGGCUAUCUAGGGACAUCGUUCCAGCCCGAGCGUGACAUUCGCAGCCUGGAAGGCAAGGUUGUCCUUGUGACAGGAGGCAAUGCCGGCUUAGGCAAAGAGACUAUCCUCCAACUCGCCAAGCAUCGCCCGUCGCGCAUCUACAUGGCCGCCCGCACCGAGAGCAAAGCGCGCGAAGCAAUCGAAUCGCUACAAUGCCAGCUCUCCUCCCCUGCCGAUAUCCGCUUCCUCGCACUCGAUCUAUCUUCCUUCAAAUCUAUCCGCGCCGCCGCAGACAAGUUCCAGUCCGAUAGCGAUCGCCUAGAUAUCCUAAUCCUAAAUGCGGGCACGAUGGGCAACCCGCCCACUACAACGGAAGAGGGCUUUGAGGUCCAGCUCGGCACAAACCAUAUCGGUCACUUCCUGUUGACAAAAUUACUUCUGCCGACUUUACAGAAGACAGUUAAGCUCGAACGCAUCAAGGAGGAGGUGCCCGAUGUCCGCGUCGUGACUGUCGCUUCGGCGGCUCAUGCUGUUGGCCCCUCUACCUUUGAGGAAAUUACAUCUACCCCUGGUUUGCUGGCUGCUAGUACUUGGACGCGAUACGGCGCUUCAAAGUCGGCUAACAUCCUCUUUGCAUCCGAGCUGGCCCGCCGGCAUCCUGAUAUCUUGUCUAUUGCUGUGCACCCCGGUGCGGUUGACAGCGGACUCUAUGGACAUACAAAGAGUCUCAACUCAGUGAUGAAAUACGGCAUUGCUGUUGCUGGCUCCAUACUCUUCCGGAGUGUCGCUAGUGGAGCCUUGAAUUCUCUUUGGGCGGCUGGCACGCAAAGGGAAAACAUUAUCAAUGGAGCUUACUACACUCCCGUUGGGUACCGCAGCGGUGGCACUGCGCCUGUGCAAAAUACGCAAUUGGCUCACAGGCUCUGGGAUUGGACCGAUACUCAAGUUUCGAAGCGUAGCAUGGGCCAUAUCGUCGUGACCGGCGGCUCCGGCAAAGCAGGCCAAUUCGUCAUCAGCGAACUCCUCAAUGCCGGACACAAAAUCCUGAACCUGGACCUCAUGGCACUGGAACACCCAGACGUGCACACCCUGAAAACCGACCUUGCCGAUAGUGGCCAGGUCUUCAACGCCCUGUCCGGGCAAUGGACGCUCCGCGAGCCCUUCCCGGAAGGCCUCCCGCCACGCCCAGACGCUAUAAUCCACCUCGCAGGUUACGCGCGCAACAUGCUCGUACCGGACAACGAGACCUUCCGCUCGAACACGCAGGGCACGUACAACAUCAUCGAGGCAGGGUGCAAGCUAGGGAUCCGCAAGAUCAUCAUCGCUAGCAGCGUAACCGUGUACGGGGUAGCUUUCGCGCAAGGCGACACCAAUUUCCCCUCAUUCCCGAUCCAUGAGGACCUGGAUGUCAACCCGACGGAUACGUACGCGAUCGCGAAGCUGUGCGGCGAACGCAUCGCGCGGGGUUUUGCGGCGCGCUUCGGGGUGGAUAUCUACAUCCUGCGCAUUGGGCGCGUUAUUCAGCCCGAUGAGUACAAUAAAGACAUCUUCUACAGCUACGUGCAUGAGCCGACCAUGUGGAAGGUGCAUGGAUGGUCGUACAUCGAUGCGCGAGAUCUGGGUGGGAUGUGUGAGGCGGCGUUGCAGACUGAUGGGCUUGGGUUUCAGGUCUUCAAUGCUACCAAUGAUCAUAUUACCAACCUUAGUCCUACAAUGGACUUUUUGAAGUCGCAAUUCCCAAAUAUCCCUAUCACGCGCGAGAUGGAGGAGUUUGAAGCACCGUUUUCUAAUGCCAAGAUGAAGAAGCUUCUUGGGUUUCAGGAGAAGCAUCCAUGGCACAAGUACUUUAGUAAUUGGGAGAAGAAGCAGAUUGAGAUGGAGGAGAGGGCGAUCACCCCUCCAGACUUCAUCAUGGAUCAGGCAAAGUUGGCUAGAAUGCAGGCGAGCGUUCGCAUCGCCCUAGAGCUUGGUCAAAUCCCAAUCCUUCUGCCCAGUGGCAAGGGUACUCCUCGCCGCAAGGUCAAGAAGGUCGUCCGCAACUCCGGCGCCGAUGACAAGAAGCUUCAGGCCGCCCUCAAGAAGCUGAACGUCCAGCCUAUCCAGGGCAUCGAGGAGGUCAACAUGUUCAAGGAGGACGGAAACGUCAUCCACUUCGCCAACCCCCGUGUCCACGGUGCUGUCCCCUCCAACACCUUCGCCCUGUACGGCAACGGUGAGGAGAAGGAGCUCACUGAGCUCGUUCCCAACAUCCUUAACCAGCUCGGCCCCGACUCCCUCGCUUCCCUGCGUAAGCUCGCCGAGAGCUACCAGAACAUGCAGAAGCAGCAGGGUGAUAAGAAGGACGAUGAGGAGGAUGAUAUUCCCGACCUCGUUGAGGGCGAGAACUUCGAGAGCAAGGAAUAA